UUCAAUCGAAAUUUAAUAUUACAAGAAUGCAAUUCUACAAAAUAAUGCUUUAAUUGCCUUAAAAUUCAGAUUUUAGGCACUAACCUGGUUUAGAGGUGUCGUCAGCUCCUCUUUCAGGCGGCGAGGGCCCCGGAGACCAGCUAUAUACUUUAAGCUCCAGUUUAGCUUAUUGUGACGGAAGAGUAACUACGGAACCCUACACUUGGCCGGUUUUUACUUUUGCGUUGCUGACUGAAUUUGUAAGUGUUAAUUGUUUUACAUAUUAUGCACGGCAUUAUUUAUAAUUGUAUAUAGGUAUGCUUGUAUCCGUUCUCAUGUGUAUGUUGCGGUUCCGUAUCGGUUUCCUACGACUAAAUGAUAACGCCGAGAUUAAUGUGUAUGUAAAAAAGGAAGCCACCAGUGCCAUACCAACUGCCUACGAUUCCGCAUAUAUUGGUAAUAUGUUCCUUUAAAAAUAUAGAAAAACGCGAGAAACGGUUUAAAAGUAUAUUUUAAUUAAAAAUAAUACAAAUAGUGUCCUAUAUGCAGAAAACGUGUGAAGAGGCUUUUCAAAAAUGGAUUACAAAAUAGCGAAAAGGAUCAUAUUUCUAAUAACUCUUGUAGCAGCAAGUGAAUUAGUCGACGGAGGCUGCGAGCUUAAUGACUUAGAACGACGAGUUUGUGAAGCUGAACUAUCCUGUUCAUACGACUUUGAGCCAGGGUUAAAUCUAGUCACAGACUGGUCCUGCAUUCAGCACGACUACAAUGAUUAUGCCUACGGUUUCAACGAAGACUACAUUAUCUACUUCAAAGCAGACAAUAUCGACGAAACACAUUCUUUCAACCCAUUCAACUUGAUUUACCAACUAAACGAACGUAUACAUACCCUAUCGAUAACAAACGGAAAAAUGAAUUCGGUUCCAGGAGUAUUUUUUUAUUUAAACAAGGUAAAAACGAUAGAUCUUUCACAAAAUACGAUAGAAUUGAUAAAUUUAGAAGCAUUCUCGAAACUGAUCAGCUUAAAAGUCCUUAAUGUAUCCUGCAAUCAAAUCGCGGAUUUAGAAGAUUAUGAGAGAACUACUGUCGCUGGUGUCAGUCAAGUACAUACAAUAGAUUUGAGUCAUAAUGCUAUUAAAGCUAUACCCGAUAACUAUUUCAGUCGAUUUCCAAAUCUACUUCACUUAAAUCUAUCCCACAAUUAUAUCAAAAGUUUCGGUGAACAUACAUUUGAAGGCUUAAUACAUCUCCAAACACUGUACAUCUCAGAUAACGAACUAACUAAAAUAGGUGUCGUUUUUGCAAGAUUAACAAAUAUAAAAGAAUUGUUGUUAGAUCACAACUAUUUAACAAACAUAGAGACGAGCAAUUUUAACAAUAUGUCCAUGUUGGAAAAACUUAAUUUAAGUUGGAAUAAUUUAGUUGGUUUUGAAGACACUACGUUUAAUACAAUGGUUGCAUUAAGGAAAUUGGAUUUAAGCAGUAAUAAAAUUAAUAUUAUUACAAAAAGUUUAUUUCAGCAUAAUUUUAACCUACAAUCACUGGAUAUCUCAUUGAAUAUGAUUUCUAAAAUUGAACCGGCAGCAUUUGAGGGAAAACACAUUCUAUAUUUUAAAAUUGAUGAUAAUCCAAUUUCAGGGUAUUUGACCAAAAACACAUUUCAAGGAAUUUUCAUAAGAAAACUUGAUUUGAGUGGAGCUAACGUUACUGAGCUAGGUCCUGACCUAUUUGAGGGGCAAUUUGAAUGUUUAAAUUUUAGUAAAAAUUCCAUAUCCAAAAUACAUAAAAUGACAUUUUUCAAACUCGAACUGUUAACAGAUCUUGAUCUCUCAUACAACCAAUUGCAAAAUAUAGAAUUUGACACGUCGAAUAUGCAAAACCUCUCCUACUUUUAUAUCAACAAUAAUAAGAUUAAAAAAAUAUCAAAAGAUAUAUUUGUUUACUUAAAAAAUGUACAAAUUGUAGAUUUAUCUCAUAACAGAAUCGAGGAAGUUGAAAUGCAGUCUUUUGAACACUUAAAUAAAUUAAAAAUAUUAAAGUUAAACAAUAACCCUAUUUUAACUGUAAUACCUUCACAAUUUUUUAAAGGACUAGUUUCAUCUACUGUUCUCGAUUUGUCUUAUACUCAUGCUAACACGAUUAAAGACGGUGCACUUAAUGGUAUGAAGUCAUUGAAAACAUUUAACUCGUCAUACAGUAAUCUCAUGGUUUUGGAAACAAAUGCAUUCAGUGGGUCUGGAUCAAUACAAGUUCUUGAUUUAUCGUACAACCAAUUAGAAACCUAUUCCUUAAACAAUACCAAUAUAAAACUAGUGGAAGAAAUAUAUUUACAGUAUAAUAAACUUCAAUAUAUAACGGAUAAAACCUUUCUGGAUUUGAGUGAUUUACGAUUGCUGACCCUGAAAGGUAAUAACUUAAUCAAAAUUGAAAAUAAUGCUUUUAGGAAUCUGCGAAAUCUUCUAAAGAUAGAUAUAUCUGCCAACCAAGAAGUGGUAUUUAAUUCAUCUAUGUUCUCUGGCUUACAAUCACUAUCGGUGGUUUUACUUUGUAAUAUUACAUCUAGAUUUAACUUAGGGGAUAUCGUGAAUACUUCAAUCGCAGGUUUUGAUUUAUCAUUUUGUAAUAUAACUGACAUUAAUUAUGUCUUAGUGAACCCGAUUAUUACGCUUGAAAGGUUGAAAUUGGCUUCAAAUAAAAUUUCAUCAAUUAACAAAUCAUCAUUCCAAAAGCUGCGGCAGCUUUCAUGGAUCGAUGUAAGUUAUAACCAAAUCUCCAUUAUCCAACCAGGGUCUUUCAGUGAUAAUGAGGACCUUAGCGUUUUAGACUUAAGCUGUAACUUGCUGUCGUCGCUGAUGUUUGGCGUUUUUGAUGGAUUGGUCAAUUUAAACACUCUAGACUUGUCAAGUAACUUAUUGCAUAGUUUUAGUGCGAGCAUAUUUCACAAUACACCUCGCGUGCGAUUGGUGUAUCUAGAAAAUAAUCUUAUAGAGAAUUUGGAUUUUUAUCAGUUUGCUAAUGAAAAUAUAAGAGAAAUUUAUUUAGGAGGUAACCUUAUACCUUGCGAUAGCUUAACUAAAUUGAAAAAGAUAUCUCACACUUUUGCUGUUAAAGCUAGGAAUGAAAUAUAUGACACAGAAAAUGUUGACGGUAUAACUUGUAAAGGUAUUAAUAACGAUAUGAAUAAAACUCAUCUUAACGAUACGGCACUAACACCUAUAUCAACUGGUUAUAUGAAUGAAUUUCAAUCAGCAGUAGAAACAAUUCUAAACCGAAGUGAAUCAUACUCAAUAGAAAAGUUUCUAGAAGUUUUAAAUAAAACUGAAACUAAAAAUAAUGCAUUUGUCGAAAAGUUAAUGAAUAGCAACCAUCAGGUCACCGGAGGUAUAUACCGGAUUUUAGAAAACAUACAAGAAUAUUUAAAAUCUCAAAAUAGUGUAUCGGUUGAUUCUCAUCCUCCACGUACUGAUGAUUUAGAUGCCGUUAAAGAAGUCCAUUUCAAGAAACAAAUUAUGUUUAAAGAAGAUGAACAUGAUGCUCAGUCCAACGCAGACUUAAAUUCGAAAGAGCUCAAAUAUCCAUUAUAUUUCAUCGCCACUUGCCUUGCUGUGCUUCUAUGUAUGGUAAUCCUGUCAUUUGUAUUUUUAUUCUUUCGGUUACGAAGUACGGGUAACUUAGCAUAUAACAAUAAUUUGUCAUGUAGUAGUCAGCCUAUUUCAAAUAUGAUGGAAAUGGAAUAAAUUUACAUCGGUCGUUCAUAUAUAAGUUUUCUAUUUUAUUAGUUUUACUGUACGAGUAGAAAAUGUUUGCAAAUAUUUAUAUUUUAUUUAUCAUACAAACAUGAUAUGUACAUACAAUCAUAUUAAUAGUGUGUCCUUAAGGGGAUCAUUAGUUAACAAAUAAACCACAUUUGUCAUUUUAAACUUAUACUGACAUAAAAAAAAUACAUUGUAACUUACAAUAGACUAUAAAUAAAUUGUACCAAAAUACACAAGUAAUUAUAGUAUUUAUUUCUCCGACAACGUAAUGUACCAUUAGCUGAAAUGGUACAUGUACAAUCAAUGGUACCUGGGUCAGAAUUGUUUCCGUUGUCUUGUUUCUGACCACUCCGUCACGCUUGUAUUGGUGUCUUCUGUCACAUAAAUACAAAAAGUCGAGUGCUAUUGCAUGUUUUUAUGGCUGUAGAUUAUAUUUUACUUCAAAAAAAAACAUUACAUACAAAAAGCUACACUCCGUCACAUUUUUGGGGACAAAAUACAAAACAACGAAAAUAAUUUUGACACAGCUACGUUUACGAGUACACGACUUUAAUAUUACAGGCUAUGUUUGGUAAGUAUCGAGUCAUAGUCAUAGUCAGCACGGACAAUAAUUGCACAAUCACACAAUCCACUUCUACAUACAUGUUACAUAGAUGUAACUAUAUAUGUGUAGGCGUUAAAUACAAUAGUAUUUUUUUAAAUGCUGUUGUGUGCUGUCUAAAGUGGUACAUAUUUAUAUUUGACUCCGAUAUUCAAUGUUAUGGCUCCUCUACACGAUGACCCAGCGCAGGCCAGUCCAAGGGACGCAUUUAUGCAGUAAGUGAUAUUGCUAUCUCAUUCCACCGCAUAGCUGCGUCCCUUAGACUGACCUGCGCUGGGCCAUCGUGUAGAGGAGCCCUACAUUUUGAGUAGGUACUUAAACUGUACCAGUACCGGCCAAUAAAAUAUCACCUCCAUGUUUUUACGGUAUAAUUUUUUUUAUGUUUAUGAUUGGCUUUCACCUCACAACUUAGGUAGUCUAGAAGUAUUCCUUUAUGCGACCGAUGAGAAAAAUUGGUCUCAUAUAAUGGUUUUUAAGGAGGUUUUUUAUUUUAAUGUACGGUCAACUUUUUAUUAUUAUACCUUUUUUAAUUAUAUACUGAGUCUCCUAUUGUAAUGUACACAGUAUUUCAUUGCACUACUAAAAAAUAUGCGCCUACCACUUUAUGUGCGGCAAAGUAUGCGUAAUGUGUAAAUUGCGUAAUCCGUUGAUGGCUUAUCAGGCGAUUACGCCUGAUGAAAUGCUACAUGCAAAGUUCAAUGAUUUGUUUUUGCUAUCAUAAAAGGUAUAGCGCUUAUUUUUACAUGUUCAUGCGACCAGCUGAUGUUCUUACCACCGCGAUAUAACCGGCUGACGAUUUUUUUUAAGUAACAACAGUAUCUGAACUAUCAUUUGAGAAAGUAUCAAACGGGAGGCAAUGUUUUUUUUUUAUUGUUUUACGUGUUUCGCUGGCUGCCAUUCUUCAACCCACCAACGGAGCGGCAGCUGACGUCCACGAGGGUGCAUCAUACCUAGCCGUUAACCACAGCACGAGUUUUCAACCGGGAGGCGAUUGGUCAUGGAAAUUGUUCCUGGCUCGCGGUCUAAUAGCUUCAUAACCGGCAUCAUAAAUCGUGAAAAG